AUGGCCUCAUUAUCCACUCUCGCUGAAGACAUCAUGCAUAGCAUAUGCGAAUACCUCACGCCCCGCGACAUUUUCCAACUCACCCUCACUCAAAAACGCUUUGCAACGUCAUUUGAGCGAAGUCUCCUGCUGCACCGCGAUUUAGCAUCGCAAACAUACACCGCGAUGCUAGCAGCCAUUGUCAGAAAUGAAGUAGACCGGGUCGAGGAACUCUUAAAACUCGGCUACGAAGCUAAGUUUGCCUGUUCAAGGUCUGUGCUUGCCUGCCCGGCCGACUUUGACUUCCCAGUCAACAAUCUGAUGCUUCAAGCGCCGUCAAACGUUGCCAUUAGAAGGCAGGGUCUGGCUGCGCUCGUGAUUGAGCGACUGUACCGUCCCGUGUGCGAUACGCACAAGAUCUGGAUAAACUAUUCCGUCCUGGCCCACGCCAUCUUGGAAGACCAGGUUGAAACCGUCAAACUCCUUCACAAGCACGGCGCAGAUUUGGAAAAGCCGCUGCUGCAGGUCUUUGCGUUCCGUGGCAUGCCAGUGGAUGUUGAUCACCAAAUCAGUGUCCUGCACCUGGCGAGCAGCAGUGCCAUGAUCGAGACACUCUUAGAGCUUGCCCCGAACAUUCCCAUCGACAAGGACAGAUUCAUGCACACAGAACCGUUGCUUCUCUGGCAUGUCGAGAGAGGCACAGAUGUCAGAGGGCUCCGGCGACUGUUGGAAGCUGGCGCUCAUGUUGACGGGGCACGUCCGGCGACACAGCGGAUCGGCUUUUGCCAGUGCGAACAGGAGGACACCAUGCACGUCUUUCUAGAUCACAAAUCACCGCUCGAGGCCGCCAUAUGGAACCUGGACCGGGAUGCCGUUGAGCUUUUGCUAGAACACGGGGCAUCGACGGUGUACCCGCCCAAUGACACCGGCGAAGCGACUUGUCUACACGAAGCGAUAAGAAUCUUCCUCCUGGAGCACAAGCCGGAGGAUCUAGAGGUCAGCUUGCAGAUAUUUCGCCUCCUGCUAGACCAUGGGUUCGACGUCAACCACGAAUACAUCGAGUGGGCGGGGUGGACACCUGAGGGUACGCGCCUCCAGCCAACAGGAACCAGAAUCAACCUGGUGGUGGACAGCCUCAUCUACUACGCAUCCACCGAAAUGCUCCAGCUUCUCCUCGACGCCGGAGCAGAUCCAUUCAACGCGUCGGGUGUGAGGCCAGGAGACAAAAGCUACGUCGUCAUGCUCGGCUUGUCAUCCUCGGUAGCGAGAUUGUAUCCCACGAAUAUGACCGAGCCCGAAAGGGUGUCCCUACAGAGCGCAAAGCUGAAAGCACUAAUCGCCAAGAGAGCAGAGUCAGACCCCAGCGGCCGCGACCGCAGGUUGUUAUUCAUGGCUGCCUUGGAAAUAUCUCGACCGUCGGAACUCCAUCAGGUGUUCAAAGUUCUUCAGAAAGUCUUUGGAUCGUUCGAAGAGGAGCUCAGCCUCCUCGCAGACACCAUGGGCCGACUGAAAAUGAUCCCAGGAGUCCUUCAAGAGAGCCGACAGAUCAUUGAGUUUCUCAUCCGCUGCGGAGCCCCCGUCAAUCACCCCAAUUCCGAUGGGGAGACGCCUUUGCACGUCGCCUAUACGCUUUCAAUAGCAAGCCCUUUGCCCAUCGGGGAAACGGACGACCUCCUGGCGUGGGAUGUUGACGAGGAGCAGGGAUUUACGGUAGGCUGGGCUAUCGGAACCAACAACUUCUUUGGCCAUGAAACUAUCAAUGGCUUCCUCAGCUCGAUAAUUAGUGCUCCGGCGGAGGCAGAGAAGCGGUGUGACGAGACACGCCCGGAAUGCCUCGCUUGCGUGAAGAAAGGAGUAAAGUGCAGCGGCUACGAGCGCCCUGUGACCUUCAGAGACGUCACCACUCGAGCCGCCGAGUCUUCGAGGAAAUUUGAGGAAGCUAGAUGGGCCGCUCUACGUCGGGAAGAUGAGCGAAGGAAACGACGCCGUAUUGGAUCAACCGGGGAGCCGUCCCCCGCCCCUCGGGAGUCAUCAACGCCGGGAAAUAUCAUCGAAUUGCCGGCGAGAAAUGAUACUUUGACAGCUCCGGUUCCGGCACCUAUGCCUCCAUGGCACUCGACGAACGCUGAGGGCUGGCUCGCUGGGUCCUUUACUUUACCGUGGUCACUUUUCGACACAUCUGGUGCUUUUUCCGCUGUUCAAGAUUCACCUCAAGGAGUACAGGAAACAGUCAGACCAAGGAAUGCCUCUAGUGAACUAGAACUACCCGCAUCGCUCGAGGAUUCCGCGAACCGCCUGAUGCUAGCAAGUGGAGUACCAAACAUCUCGGCAUCAGCAGGGGAAGCCCCAAGCCCAGCUUUGACGACUGGUUGGGACGAAUUUCUCGUCACAGACGGUUCGUCUCCAGGGUCUUCCACGUCCACUUCAUCUCCCCUAGGUGAACCGACAGUAGACUGCCAGCUAUCGAUACCUCUAGAAGAGGUCCUCAUCCAACACUUCGACAGGAACGUCCUUCCCCUGAUACCAGUUGCUCUCUCCUUUCCGAAUCUCUUCCGCCAGAGCAGCUGUUUCCGAUCAGCGGUCCUAGCUCUGUCCGCCAGCAACAUUAAGCUGACGCAACCUCUUCCCAUCGACCCGCUCGUGCUUCGUCGAGUAUGCGACGACAGCAGCGUCUGGAUCUACUAUGACACGGCAGUCAAAGGCCUCCAAGCUCAACUUCAGAACGUGGAAAACUACCGCGGCGAGGAGCUCGCGGGCGCCGCUUUACUGCUUGCCUACCACGAGCUGGAAGCCGGCACAGCCCUUGGAAUCAGGAACCACGCCACCGGCCUCGAUGCCAUCGCAUCUAAGCUCGACUUUGCCGCGUCGUCCAUCCCCGACCUCUUCAAAGCCUGGCGUAUGCUUCGCUACGAUGUUCGUUUCAUGAUGUUGCCGACGCGAGCGACCUGCAAUGUUGUAGACAAUUACGAUGUCUCGAGUUUACUCGACCCGCAACUAGCCAUUCGGGAUAUCCUGUUUAGGUUACACGGUCUUCAUGCACGCUACGCGAUGGAGGCUACAUUCAGCCAAGAUGCCACCGCAGAUGGCAAUAGCGCUUCAGAGAAAGUUGCACUGUGGCUUAUGUCCGUCCUCGGCCGGGAAUCGGAUCGCCGUAAUGUGCGCCUCAAGGACUUCCACAAGGAGAACUUAACCCCAGACACGAUAUUGCGGCAGUGCGAUGUGUUUUCUCACAGGCUGGAUAACUGGCACAAGGGGCUCUGCACCCAUGAUAUGCCGGUCGUCAAUCUUGGGGCGGAUUCGGAUCUGAUCAGUGGCGCUACUUUUGAGACUUUUGUCACUUACCGUUUCGGUGACACGAGAAAAGCUCUUGAGUACGUGAUUUAUCUUGUGUGUAGAAUGACGUGCAGCUAUCUCCGCUCUCUAUUCGACCCCUCUGUGCAGUCUUCGGGCACAGAUGCACUUGCCAAAGUCAUUCUUGGUAUCGUUUGUGGCAUGAACAUGCAACAGCGGCAGCAAUUCACCGUUCUUCGGGUGGAUGUCCUGCUCAGGAUGGCUGCAGGCUUAUCCGAGGGCACAAACUUCAUCACCACCGUUCUCGACUAUCUGCUUCCAAGACUGAUCUCUUCGGGUCUCACUGGUCCUGACAUUGUUGCGUGGGUCUACUUGAAGUCAGCGUUGGAGCUCGAGCUCAGGGAAAGACGGAAGGGCCGGGCGAUCAGGAUGACCAUCGAUGGAGUCGAGGAGGACUGUGAGAUGUGGCAGUUGGUGAACAGGCAUCCCGUGGCUGCUUUUGGGGACUACAAUGGGAAGGGGUACUUCAGGGAUUGCUAUGUCAUUGAGUGUCUAGGCUGA